ACCAGGCUCCUCAGGUGGCAGCGCUUGCAGUAGGGCUACGGAGGCCGGGUUGCCAGAUUUCGGGAAAGCCAUUUAAGAAGUUCCUGGAAUAAUAUUAGUCAGAGUAAUAUAGGAUCUGCAGGAAGUGCCUCAAGAUAGUUGGAAAAGAAGAAUUUCUAGACUCUUCAUCAAGAUCUUCAUUUAUACAGCUGUUAAAUCCAAGGCUACUUUGGUGAAAGCAUGAAUAAAAAUACAUCUACUGUAGUACCAUCCAGUCUACUUGAAAAGGAUCCUGCCUUUCAGGUGAUUACAAUUACCAAGGAAACAGGCCUUGGCCUGAAGAUACUAGGAGGAAUUAACCGGAAUGAAGGCCCAUUGGUAUAUAUUCAGGAAAUUAUUCCUGGAGGAGACUGUUAUAAGGAUGGUCGUUUGAAACCAGGAGAUCAACUUGUCUCAGUCAACAAGGAAUCUAUGAUUGGUGUAUCAUUUGAAGAGGCAAAAAGCAUAAUUACCAGAGCCAAGUUGAGGUCAGAAUCUGCUUGGGAGAUAGCAUUCAUCAGACAAAAAUCCGACAACAUUCAGCCAGAAAAUCUGUCAUGUACAUCACUUGUAGAAGCUUCAGGAGAAUAUGGACCUCAAGCCUCAACAUUUAGUUUUUUUUCUUCUCCUCCUGAAAUACUAAUCCCAAAGACCUCAUCCACUCCCAAAACAAAUAAUGCCAUUUUACCUUCUUGUGAGAUAAAAACUGGAUACAACAAAACAGAACAGAUUCCAAUUACUUCUUCAGAAAACUGUUCUGUGGGUUUGUCUAAUACAGAUGUUGCUUCUGCCUGGACUGAAAAUUAUGGACUACAAGAAAAGAUCUCCCUAAAUCCCUCUGUUCGCUUUAAGGCAGAGAAACUGGAAAUGGCUCUAAAUUAUCUUGGUAUUCAGCCCACAAAGGAACAACACCAAGCCCUGAGACAGCAAGUACAAGCAGACUCAAAAGGGACAGUGUCUUUUGGAGAUUUUGUCCAGGUUGCCAGAAACUUGUUUUGCUUGCGGUUGGAUGACGUAAAUGUUGGUGCACAUGAAAUUUCCAAUAUAUUAGAUUCACAGCUUCUUCCUUGUGAUUCUUUAGAAGCAGAUGAAAUGGAAAGGCUCAAGCGUGAAAGAGAUGAUGCCUUUAAAGAAGUAAAUACACUUAAGGAAAAAUUAUUGGAAUCAGAUAAGCAAAGGAAACAAUUGACAGAAGAGCUCCAGAAUGUGAAGCAAGAAGCAAAAGCUGUAGUUGAAGAAACAAGAGCCCUGCGUAGUCGGAUUCAUCUUGCUGAAGCUGCGCAGAGACAGGCACAUGGAAUGGAAAUGGACUAUGAAGAAGUGAUCCGUCUGUUAGAGGCCAAGAUUACAGAGUUAAAGGCUCAGCUUGCUGAUUAUUCUGACCAAAAUAAAGAAAGUGUUCAGGAUUUAAAAAAGAGAAUCAUGGUACUUGACUGCCAAUUACGAAAAUCAGAAAUGGCUCGAAAAACUUUUGAGGCAUCUACUGAAAAGCUUCUUCAUUUUAUAGAGGCAAUUCAAGAAGUAUUUUCUGAUAAUUCUACUCCUUUAUCAAAUUUAAGUGAAAGAAGAGCUGUGUUAGCUUCUCAGACUUCCCUCACACCACUGGGAAGGAAUGGACGUAACAUCCCAGCAACGCUGGCGCUUGAGUCUAAGGAACUUGUUAAAUCUGUUCGUGCCUUACUUGAUAUGGAUUGUUUACCUUAUGGGUGGGAGGAAGCUUACACAGCAGAUGGAAUCAAGUACUUCAUCAAUCACGUAACACAGACUACAUCCUGGAUCCAUCCUGUGAUGAGUGUCCUGAAUCUGUCUCGCUCAGAGGAGAAUGAAGCGGAUUUCUCUAGAGAACUCCCCAACCAGAGAAGUUGAUGGUUUUCCUUAGGAAGUGGAGCUACAUGGAUGACGUGAGCAGAGACACAUAACAUUCAAUUCUGAGAUGCAACAGUCUAAAAUAGGAGUAAAGCAUGCACUACUUGUUGAAGUGUGAAAUGGAGAUCUGGACUUUGGGUAUUUUUGUAAAACUUUUGAUAUUUCUGUAUACAUUUAAAAAAUCAAUUGCCACUACAGUAGUUCCUUAAGAAUAAUCUAGUCAUAUUUUUUGAAAUCACAUAUAAUUAGGCUUUAUAAUAUAUAUACUUUUUCAUAUA